AUGAUGAGAAGGAAGCGUCCAAGGAUUUUGGGAAGUCUUCGGAAUCCUGUUCUCUCUCAGGCUUCUUCUCCACCCUCUGUCCAAUCAAACAGCGUUCAUUUCUUCCCAUCUCAGACUACCGUAUCUCAGCCUGUCACUCAUAUCAACCCUCUUUCUGUUUUCUACCCUACCUCUUUCCCUGCUCUGAAGAACACUUCCUACUUCCCCACCUUAAUGAUUGCUAUGCCCAGCUCCUCCUGUAUAAACAAACUUUCCUCUAAGCACCCCACUUAUUUCACUACCCCUUCCUACCUGUCUACCCUCAUGACUACCUCUUCUACAAGAGCACCACUGGAUAGUUGCCUAGACCCUCUUUCCCAUCCAGAAGCUAGCUACCUUCAGCCAGACUGGCAUAUCCUUUGGGGAUUGAGUAAGAAUUCUCUAGACUCAGAGCCUGAAAUUAGAGAAAGCAGAUGGGACCUCACAUCCUUGGUACCAGGGAAAUCAGAGCCGGAGACAAAGACUGGAAAUCAUGAAGUGGAAGAGGCUCAAGCCCUGGAUAAACUUGAGGCCUUCACUCAGGAAGCACUGGAAAGCACAGCCACACUGGAGGUGCUGCCCAAAAAGACAGGGCAGGACAAAAUCCAGUUUUGUUAG